AGUUCUUAAGAUGAGAUUAUUAGCGUAAUAUAAUAACCAUCUCCUAACUUUAACUAAAAAACUAAAAACCCUCUCUUAACUUUAACAAUAAUGAUAACAUUACCGUUCUUUUGAGAUGUCGAGAAAAAGCUUAAUAAUUGCUUCCAAUCAACUAAAACAACCCAAUACUAAAUUUUUUAUCAAUAAUAUACAACGACUAACAAAAUUAUCAUACAAUAGUUUUAUCUCGAUUUACUAUAAUUUUAUAAUAGAUAUUAGUCAAAAUUUAUUUAUCAAGAUAAAAAAAUAUAUUUAAAAUUUUGCUACUUGGGCUAAAACAAUUGAAUUUUUUUUGGAAGGACAAACAUAUUUUCAUUUUGUAUAGAAAAGGAAAAUGAAAUUAUUCAUAUACCUAUUUAUCUAUUUUCUUGUACUUAUUUAUGGAUGCCUACCAAUUACGUUUCAUAUGAUUAAAAAAUGUAACAGGUCCAUAUGUUUAAAAUGUAACAGGCCCAAUAGAAGAAGGCCACUAAUAACUUUGAAAGCCUCCAUCGCCGUCACUAGAACCCUCGCCGAAAGAGUUCCAUUUCUCCGAUGAUGCGAAGGCUGGUGUUCUCCUAUAUCCUCCGCUCUACAUCCUCCUUCCAUCCAUCAACACCACCACCACUACCAGAAAGGUCCACACUCCUCUCUCAUCUCUCAACCUUUCCUUCAAAAUCGAUCCCAGUCUCAACCCAUUCAUUCUCCUCCACGACUCUGCUAACAUCAAACCUCCACGAAGCGAGAACGCAAGGCUCCAAUCACGCCGUCGGACUCCUCCACGAAGCCAUCACAUCGAAUCCAAACCCAUACGACGACCUCGAAACAGCCCUAUCCCAAACCGGCGUCGUUUUAACAACCCCAAUAGUGUCAAAGAUCCUCCAGAGGCUCCAGUUCGAGGAAAAAACGGCCUUUAGAUUCUUCACAUGGGCCGGACACCAGGCCCAUUACUAUUCCCACGAGGCUUCCACUUACAACGAGAUGAUCGAUAUCUUGUCAAGCACCAAGUACAAGAACAAACAGUUCAGGAUCGUGAUCGACAUGCUCGACUACAUGAAACGUAACAACAAAGAAUCCGUACCUGCUGACGUAAUGCUAGAGAUUCUCAGAAAGUACUGCGAGAGGUACUUGACUCACGUUCAGAAGUUCGCUAAAAGAAAACGGAUCAGAGUCAAGACGCAGCCCGAGAUCAACGCGUUCAACUUCCUUCUCGACGCUUUGUGCAAGUGUGGUCUUGUCAAAGAAGCUGAAGCUUUGGUUAGAAAGAUGAAGUUUAAAGUCAAACCCGACGCGAAUACGUACAAUGUGCUGUUCUUUGGUUGUUGUAGAGUUAGGGAUCCCAAGAAGGCGAUGGAGCUGAUGGAGGAGAUGAUUGAAGCUGGACAUAAGCCUGAGAACUUCACUUAUUGCGCGGCGAUUGAUGCUUUUUGUCAAGCGGGGAUGGUGGAUGAGGCCGCUGAGCUCUUUGAGUUUAUGGUUACUAAAGGCUCUGCUGUUUCUGCCCCCACGGCGAGGACCUUUGCGUUGAUGAUUGUGGCUUUAGCGAAGAGUGGUAAGGAGGAUGAAUGUUUUGAGCUGAUUGGGCGUAUGAUAGCCAUGGGGUGUCUUCCUGACGUGUCGACGUACAAGGAUGUGGUUGAAGGUAUGUGUAACGCUGGAAAGGUUGAGGAAGCGUAUAGGUUCUUGGAUGAGAUGAGCUGUAAAGGGUAUCCGCCUGAUAUAGUCACUUAUAACUGUUUUCUUAGGGUGCUUUGUGAGAGUAAGAAGAGUGAUGAGGCGGUUAAGCUUUAUAAGAGGAUGGUUGAGACGCGUUGUGUGCCUAGUGUUCAGACGUAUAACAUGUUGAUAACUAUGUUUUUUGAUAUGGCGGAUCCGGAUGGUGCGUAUAAUACGUGGAGGGAGAUGGAUGAGAGAGGGUGUGGACAGGAUGUUGAGACUUACUGUGCUAUGGUGAAUGGGCUUUUUGACUGUGGUAGGGAGAAGGAGGCGUGUUUUCUUCUGGAGGAGGUUGUGAGCAAGGGGAUGAAACUGCCGUAUCGAGCGUUUGACACUUUUUUGAUGCGUUUGUCCGAGGUUGGGAACAUCAAGGUGAUCCAUAAGGUUUCUGAGCAUAUGAAGAAGUUUUAUAAUCAUAGUAUGGCGAGGCGGUUUGCGCUUAGCGAGAAGAGGAAAAGUACAAAACUCAGAGGGAAGUAAUGGGCACUGGAAAAAACAGUUUGACCAUAUAUGUUAUAGAGGCAGCUAUGCAAAUGUUCUGGGAGGAGCUCUUCCAGAUGAUGAUCUUGCUAAGUUUCGUUGAUUACUGUCUCCAGUUCUGGACCAAAGAUUCAUUCUCUCAGAAGCAAUGAGAGCUUAUCAAGGUCAGAGCUUCUUCGUUCUGCUAAUAAGGUAAAGAAGGUUUCACCAGUUUCUGGUUAACGGUCGGUUUGAGUCUCUGUCAACAACAUUUGGUACGGUUUUGAAGUGAAAACCGAUCUGGUAUACUAAUGGUUAAGUGGAAUCAGGAUCCGGUUUAGAUGUAUGAGUAUUUCUUGAAUAAAACAUGUUUUGUUUAGUUA